UGCUUACUUAGCAUACACCAGAGGCAAUGGGUAGGGUGAGCAGCCACUGCAGCCAGAAAACCCCAGUACAGAGCAAAGGCAAUUACCCUCCACAUGCAGAGACAUUGGAGCUGAAUUGUGCUGAAUAGAGAACCCCUCCGGCUGAGAGCCAUGUGUGCUUGGGAAGAGCCGCCACUUUCGCUCCGCUGAAAAAACAAUGCAAACACACCGGUGAGAACUGCUUCCAGGUCUGGGUGGAUGUGAACCUGAGUGGAGCCUGAACACCGUUAAAGCCACACUGAUUAACAAAACUUUAAAAAUAUGACUACAGUCAGGAUUUUAACACCACAAUGCUGCUAUGCCGGGAUGUGACAGGCUUCCUACCCAGGUCUGGAAGGUGGUUGAUGAUGUUAGGAGUAAAUAUAAACCCCGAGGAAGAGCGGCAUGAGCAAUGGAGGGACCAACCCCAGAGCCUGUGUACGUUGACGUGGACAAGGGACUGACGUUAGCGUGUUUCGUCUUUCUCUGCCUUUUCUUGAUCGUGAUGAUUAUUCGCUGUGCAAAAGUCAUCAUGGACCCUUACAGUGCCAUCCCUACGUCUACAUGGGAGGAGCAACAUCUAGAUGACUGAAAGAACUUCACUAGACAGAGCCAUAAAAUGCUGUGACCCAGGAGGCCUUUUCCCACCGGGAAAGCUAACACACAAACAGCCAUUUUCAGAUAUGCAGGGCAACGGCAAUAUCUCUAAGAGCACAUAGCAUAAAUUAUUCUUGCUCAACAGAUCAGGAUUAUCAGCAAGCCAUUCCAGCAGCACAGUUUAAUACUAUGCAGCGACCCUUAUUUUAAAGAAAACACUUAUCACUGCAACUCAAGUAGCACAAGACUCUCCAGACUUUUCCUAAUAUAACUCUUGGUCUAGCACAGUUUGUCCUCCCCUCAGUAUCUCCCACAAACCCAGGGUAACCAUCAGAAUUUGGAAAAGCGGCAAGAACAUUUUGUCUUUCCUGAAAAUAGAUCGCUUCAAAUAUUUUCCUCGGUCCCUAUAUUUGUGUUUUGAAAAAAGUCCAGAUUUUAUAAUUUUGUAUCCCAGAGCACCACUAAGUAGAAGCGCUAAAGCACCCCUGGUUGAGUUGUAUGAGCAGAUUUAUUCUCGACUUGCUUGGUUCUGCACGCACAAUCCCUCUCCCACUGCAGCCACAUUUCCAGUGGUCAGGAUACGGAAGCACCCAGACUACAGUUCUCAAGGAGGUCACGCACUGCUGUUGACCCUGUAGCAUCGCCUCGCUCUAUCCUACUCAUGGAAAUUUAGUAUUUACCUUCUGAAGAGCGGGGGAUUGAGGGGUUCCCAUGUCCUCUAUUCCCCAGAUUCUAAGGUUUCCUCACAGAU